UACAUCAUUGGAUCAUCUGACGGCCGCAGCUGCCAGCCAUCUUCUCUCUGUUUUCUUUCCAUUCCAUUCCAUCGCUCCAACCCAAAACCCUCACGCGACGACAACAUUCUAUAAUUCAUAAUUAACAUUAAAUAAAAACUCACGUGCUAUUCUUCUCUUUUUUUCACCUUCAUCACCAUUAAUUAACUCAUUAAUUUUAAAAUAAAAAAACAAAAUAAUAUUCCUAAUAUUCCUUUCUCUUUUUCCUCAUCAUCUAGGGUUCCCAAAUCCGAAACAACCAAACAGACCCUCAAUUUUUCAUUCCUCCGAACCGGAAUAUGGAAGCUAUUCUCUCCGAUCCAGAACCGGUUCGGGUCAAGAGGAAAACUCUUCAAACCGUUUUGGAACAGUGUCAGCGAGCCCUUGAACUCAUCAACAACGCUUCCGAUCAAGCUUCCGAUCAAGACGGCGACGUUUCUGAUUCUAACGAUGAUAAUCUCCCUUCUACACCACCCGAUCCAGAAGCCGAUCAGUUGUGUGAUUUGCUCAAGUCUAGACUUGAGUGCCCUGAUUUCCUUGAGAAGUUAGAGUGUGCACAGGCGUCGGUUUAUCAGAACACAGGCGAAGAAGGUAGUUCUUGGGAUUUGGUAAGUGAAAAUGAUCUUUGGGAAGGUGUUGACUCUGAUGAAGAAGAUUAUGUUCUUGUUAGACAAGAUGAUAUAGUAGAUGGAAUCGCUUGCUUUAUGGCGGCCUAUUUGUUGUCCCUUAAGAAAACCAAGGAUUUGACUCCAAAUCAACUUCAGGAUGCACUCAGCAAGACAUUUUCGGUGAAAAAGAAAAAGGGAAAGCUUCGAAAGGCCUGGGAUGGGAGCAAAGUUAUUUAUAAUGUCGCAUCAUGGGGGGCUACAGCCAUUGGGAUAUAUCAAAAUCCUGUUAUAUUAAGGGCUGCAACUAAAGCCUUCUGGACUUCUUGUCAAGUGAUAUCAAAGCUAAUCUGAUUUGGCAAUGCAGCUUGGAGAAACAUUGUGAUAUAGUUAUUUAACUGUUGUACUUUGCUUUGCUUGCUGCUGCAAUUCAGUUUGAUGUACAGUUCAAUUUGUUUGCACUACAGAUCAAUUGAUCUUAAUGUAGUUCGAUUUGAUUUCGAUCUUGUAAAUAUCUCUAUUCAAAUGCUCCGAGUGCAAAUAAGAUUCACUGUUUCAAGCCCUUAAACACGACCGAUGUUAAUGUGGUUUCAUUUGAUUUGA